GCCUGGCCGGAGGCUUAUUUAGGGCAGGAGCACAGGGGAGGAUUGAAACCUGCGGAGAACACUGAGAGUUGGGAGACCAUUAGAAGAGUUGGUUGUGGACUCGAAAUAACAGGAUGGUGCGCCUCGCCUUUCUCUGCCUGCUCUCGGUUUUGACCGUUGCCUGGGCCCGACCGCGGAUCCCACCGAUGUCACAGGACCUUGUCAACUAUGUCAACAAGAUCAACACCACCUGGAAGGCUGGACACAAUUUCCCAAAUGCAGAUUUCAGCUAUGUAAAGAAACUGUGUGGAACACUACUCAAAGGCCCCAAGCUCCCAGUUAUGGUGGAGUAUGCUGGUAAAAUUAAACUGCCUAAGAACUUUGAUUCCCGUGAGCAGUGGCCUAACUGUCCCACCAUCAAGGAAAUUCGAGAUCAAGGUUCCUGUGGCUCUUGCUGGGCUUUUGGAGCAGCAGAGGCAAUAUCUGACCGCGUGUGCAUCCACACUAAUGGCAAGGUCAGUGUGGAGAUCUCUGCUGAGGACCUGCUCACCUGCUGCGAUUCAUGUGGGAUGGGAUGUGAUGGAGGUUACCCUGCAUCAGCCUGGCAGUACUGGACCGAGAGUGGGCUGGUGUCUGGAGGUCUUUACGACUCUCAUGUGGGCUGCCGGCCUUACACCAUACCUCCCUGUGAGCACCAUGUGAACGGCACACGCCCCCCGUGCACUGGGGAGGGCGGAAACACCCCAGAAUGCCGGAUGCAGUGUGAAGCUGGCUACACCCCCUCCUACAAAGAGGACAAACACUAUGGGAAGAAAUCGUAUGGUGUGCCCUCUGACGAGACGCAGAUCAUGACGGAGAUUUACAAAAACGGACCUGUAGAGGGCGCUUUCACUGUGUAUGAGGAUUUCCUCAUGUACAAAUCAGGAGUGUAUCAGCAUGUGAGUGGGUCAGCAGUUGGGGGCCAUGCUAUCAAGAUUCUUGGCUGGGGGGAGGAGCAGGGCACCCCCUACUGGCUGGGUGCCAACUCCUGGAACACAGACUGGGGUGAAAAUGGAUACUUUAAGAUUCUUCGGGGGCAGGACCACUGUGGGAUCGAAUCGGAGAUCGUUGCUGGAAUACCCCGGGAUUAGGACUCCAUACAGCUAGCUGCCUUUUGUGCAGGGCUGCAGUGAGGAUCUGAGGAUCUGGUUAUGGUUAAGCACCACUGUUCUGGUGUCUUACUUGGAAUGAAGGGGAUUAAUGAUCUGCCCCUUUCCAGCUUUUAGCUGUAUAAUAUUAGGCUUCAGAAACCUAUUAUGCUGGCUGUCUGCAGAUGGCAUACAAGAGUUUUAUAAAUAUUUUUAGCCACAUUUUAGUUUUUUAGUUGAGAAUCACUGACUUUUUUUUUAGUGCUUUCAUGUGCUGCUUGAAAUUUACUGCAACAUCCAUCAGCUGGUGUGUUAUUGUAGUUGACUACUUUGAUUGAUUUGCCUUCUGAACAUGGAGUGAAGUUGAAAAUGUGUUGCAAUAAACGGGUUGAUGCAAGAAUAUGAUAAGUUAAGAAUGCAGCUGACUAAGUGCAAUGUGAUAAGAACAGAGGCCAUCAAACACCAAAGCAUUUCCCUCCAUAAUGAAAAACAACUAAUGGGGAAACCUUCAUCCUUAUUUUUGAUAUUUUAGCUGCCUUUCAUUUAUGAAGUUUGAACAAAUAGUGAAUUUGUUCUACCCCAACAUGAUGGCAAGGCUCCAAGAAAUUCUUUAACACAUUAAAUGAGGUGCACACGAUUUGUCUUCAGUUGGUUCUUUGUGAAACUGUUGUAAAAGGUGACCAGUGUUGCUUCCUUAGUGGAUAACUGACUGAAAUCUGCUUGAGAGGCUGGGCUGCUGGGGAAACUAGGUGGAGAUUCUAAUGGAUAUGUCUUAGAACUGGUUUCAGAGAGCAAGAUGGAAAAUACAGAUCAAGUGCUGUAAGUGUGAAUGGAGCACAUAGCCCGCUACUUAAUCCUGAAAUGUCCUGCAAAGCAGGAUGAGAGUUGUAACAAACUCAGCACUAUUAAUAAUCACUGACAAAUUGUUUUGUAUUUGAUGCAUUUGGAAUUUUAGGGGAAUAUUUGUUUUUAAAGAUGAAGCUUAGGUUAAUGUUUUAUUUCUGGAAUUUUGAUUUCCUUCUGUUCAAGUUGUAUUUUUACUAUUCUUCCUCCUUCUGCCCAAUUGUAUCAUGAUAAAUGGAAGACCACCUUGAGGUGGUGUCACCAUGGAAAGAUACUCAAAAUAAAGAUCUGAAUCUGAAAA